UAAAGACCUGUGGGCACUGGUGAUUUAUCCUGCAGCAGCCACCUCUUUCCUGUCUGUCUCUCUGUCUCCUUCUCUCCCUCUCUAAAGCAGCCCAUCAACAAACCAACAUGGCUCCAAAGAAGCCUGAACCUAAGAAGGCUGAACCAAAGAAGGAAGAACCCAAACCAGCACCUAAACCAGCAGAACCAGAACCCAAAAAAGAAGUAGAAUUUAACCCAGCUUCUAUCAAAGUUGAGUUCACCCCUGAUCAGAUUGAAGAAUUUAAGGAAGCAUUCUCACUCUUCGACCGGACUCCUAAAUCUGAGAUGAAAAUCACAUACGCACAAUGCGGAGAUGUCUUGAGAGCUUUGGGGCAGAAUCCAACCCAGGCUGAGGUCAUGAAAGUGCUUGGUAGACCCAAACCAGAAGACAUGAACUCCAAGAUGAUCGACUUUGAGACCUUCCUGCCCAUGCUCCAGCAUAUUGCAAAGACAAAAGACACAGGCACCUACGAGGACUUUGUGGAGGGUCUGCGCGUGUUCGACAAGGAGGGAAAUGGAACAGUCAUGGGGGCUGAACUCCGUCACGUUUUGGCUACGCUGGGUGAGAGAUUGACUGAAGAGGAAGUUGAUAAGUUAAUGGCUGGUCAGGAAGAUGCCAAUGGCUGUAUCAACUAUGAAGCUUUUGUGAAACAUAUCAUGGCUAACUGAAUGCCAGGACAAGAUAGGCACUGAGAACACCAGAUGCCGGCCUUGGAUUUCGAUGUAGUGGAAUGUCUUCUCCUUUUUCAGCCCAGAUUCCCAUUACAGAGCUAAAAAAUGUGCCGUCCCUAAAGUUAUUUGGAUAAAUGUUUUUUGGAUUGUUUUGUUUUGUUUCUUCAUUGGAAGAGGGUGGCCUCUGUGGAGAUUCAAUACACUCAGGAACUGAAGAAACUGGAAUCUGAACUAUGAAUACCUGGGCAUUGUAAUUUUUUUUCUGAUACAGACUAUAAAUAGCAAUACAAAAUUACUAAGGGAGGGGAGAAAAGAGGAGUAACUUUUUCAUGACUAAAUCAAUCAAAAAAUGUAUUAGUCAUCUAGUUAUACCCUUCCCUCCCCUCUUCCUUCCCAAACAAUUGAACCUUUCUCUGUGUUUAUUGCAUUUGGGAAAAAAUAACUGUAAGAGAGUAAGGGAGAAAAGAAAUUAAACCAACUGUAUAAAUCUCCUGUAUGCAAGGAAAACUCUUAAUCUUUAAAGAGAAAUAGUAAAAGUAGAGUGCCCAGAAAUCAGCAAGAAACACAACCUUGUUCACAUGUUUCUUAGCUUUGGAAAAUACCGCAAUUAAAGGAAAAAAAACAAACAAAGCCAACCAUAAGUGUACACAAUGUUUUCUAAAAUGCAUCUCUUCUCCACAAGGUUUACUUCCCUUUCCAAGAGUCUGACCUAUGAGACAAGCAAAAUGUCUUUCCCAAUGCAAACUGGAAAUUGUUUUAAUAUACAUAGUGGUCCUGUAGCUUUUCACAGUAAAACAUGGGAUUCUUUGUCA